AUGGCGAGCGGAGAGAUACCUGGCUCCACCGACUGCCCCAAGUCCUGGUCCCUGUCCAACGCCCUCUUCUCCCAGCUGGAGGGGCUGCAAGGUGGCUGGGAAUGGAACAUCAGCACAUUCGAGAACUUCUCUGUCGAUCGUCUCCGAGACUUGCUGGAGUCAGCGCGGCACAGCGCGGAGGCUCAGAACACCGCCGUCAAAGCCCUGCUGGCGCUGGCUUACUCCGUUAUCAUCGCCCUCGCUGUCUUCGGCAAUCUCCUGGUGUGUCAGACCGUCCUGAAGAGAAAGAAGACCGUCACCGCCACCAGCCUCUUCCUCCUGAACCUGGCGGUAGCCGACCUCUUCAUCACCCUCCUCAACAGCCCCUUCACUCUGGUCCGUUUCAUGAGCAGUAGCUGGGUGUUUGGAACAACCAUGUGUCACAUCAGCCGAUUCUCCCAGUACUGCUCUCUGCAUGUUUCAGCGCUGACCCUGAUGGCAAUCGCACUGGACCGGUACCAGGCUAUCAUACACCCUUUAAGGCCUCGUAUGUCCCUCUCCAAAGGAAUUGUCUGUAUUGCUGUCAUCUGGACACUGGCUUCAUCUUUUUCCUUGCCCCAUGCCAUUUACCAGAAGUUGUUUCGCUUUGUGUACAGGGAGAAAAUCGUCAGGAGCCUCUGCAUCCCUGCCUUUCCGAAACCAUCCAAUGUGUUCUGGAAGUACUUGGACCUGGCCACCUUCAGCCUGCUCUAUGCCCUACCGCUGCUGGUCAUCACCACAGCCUACUCUGCGGUGGGCAAGAAGCUGUGGCUGCGUGGCACCAUAGGUGAUGUCACGGUUGAGCAGUCGGCUGCCCAGCGCCGCAAGAAGAAGAAGACAAUCAAGAUGAUGGUGCUGGUUGUGGUUGUCUUUGCCAUCUGUUGGUUCCCCCUCAACUGCUACGUGAUCCUUCUCUCCAGCCAGCGGGCCCAGGCCAACAACACUCUUUACUUUGCCUUUCACUGGCUGGCAAUGAGCAGCUCCUGCUGCAACCCCUUCAUCUACUGCUGGUUGGAUGACGGUUUUCGUGCAGAAUUCAGGAGCCUCCUGAGCAAGUGUAGGCGAGCGAAGAGAGGUGGGGGCAAGGCAGCACUGCUCCCCAUGCUCGGUGGGCCAGUUCAGAGAGCUUGGUUGCAGGAGCGAGACCUCAAUGAGGCUGGACCAUCUGCAGUGGCCGGAAGAUCUGGGAAUCGAGGGCACAAAGAUAGCAACGGGGAGCCUUGCCGCAACAGGAGCAUCUCAGUUACUUCAUGGCUGUGCACCUAUGUAGCCCAGAAGCAGCAGUGCCUCUAGGAAUCUACACUGAGCCCCAGGAAUGUGUGACAGCAUCUUGCAAAUUCCAAGC